AUGCCGCCGUUUUUCCAGAGACCCGAGAAUGCGCUUAAGCGCGCUGAAGAGCUUAUCAUGGUCGGCCAGUCGGAGACUGCCUUCCAGACUCUGUACGAUGUUCUUAUGAACAAGCGCCUGCGCAACGCUACUGCGUCGACGACCGAGCCGGUGAUUAAGAAGUACGUGGAGCUGUGCAUUGAGCAGCGCAAGGGCAAGAACCUUAAGGAGGGCCUGCUGCAGUACCGCAACAUUGUGCAGCACUCGAACCCGGAGUCGCUGGACGCCGUCGUGCGCCCGAUGCUGGAGGCGAUUACGUCGCGGGUGGUUGAGGCGCAGAAGAGCGCCGAGCAGAUCACCAUGGACACCAUUGAGGACCUGGACGAGAUGGAGACGCCCGAGGACAUCAUCCUCAGCGCUGUCAGCGGCGAGCAGUCGAAGGACCGCACCGACCGUGCGGUGGUUACGCCGUGGCUCAAGUUCCUGUGGGAGGCGUACCGCAACCUGCUCGACAUUGUGCGUGGCAAUGUGCGCUUCGAGGUCCUGUACCAGACCAUCUCGAAUGAGGCCAUUGACUUCUGCAAGAAGUACGAGCGCAAGACCGAGUUCCGCCGGCUGUGCGACAUCAUGCGCAACCACCUGCAGACCAUCGUCAAGUACUCGCACCAGGCAAACUCGGUCAACCUGUCGGACCCCGAGACCAUGCAGCGCUUCCUGGACACGCGCUUCCACCAGCUCAACACGGCCACGGACAUGGAGCUGUGGCAGGAGAGCUACCGCUCGAUCGAGGAUAUCCACAACCUGAUCCAGCAGUCCAAGCGUCCGAUCAAGCCGCAGGCCAUGGCCAACUACUUUGAGAAGCUCACGCGCAUCAUGUAUGUGGCCAAGAACCCGCUGUUCCUGGCUGCCGCGUGGCACCGCUACUACAACUACAUCCACCGCCAGACCAAGUACUUCUCGGAGGAGGAGCUGCAGAACGUGGCCACCAACGUGCUGCUGUCGACGCUGGCGGUGCCCAUCAUCAAGCCGUCGUCGCGCAUCAUGUCGGCUGCGGCCAAGGAGAACAAGCACCGCACCCAGCGCUACACUAACCUGCUGUUCCUGAGCUCGGCGCCCACUCGCGUGAGCCUUAUCAACGACCUGGUCAGCGGCGAAGUCCUUGCCCGCGUGCGUCCCGAGCUGCGCCCGAUCUACAACCUGGUCGAGGAGCAGUUCCACCCGCUCUCCAUCUGCAAGAAGCUGGCUCCCAUCCUUUCGGAGCAGGUUGCUACCAACGAGAACGAUGCCAAGUACGGCACUCUGCUGUGCAACGUUAUCCUGACCCGUCUGCUGCAGCAGCUGUCGCAGGUGUACACAUCGGUCCAGCUCGACUUCAUCUUCCGCCUGGCGCGCUUCCCUGAGCCCUUCUCGAUGACCCCGUCGGCCAUCGAGCGCUUCAUUAUGAACGGCGCUCGCCGCGGCGAGUUCCAGCUGCGUAUCGACCACCAGGCCCGCUCGGUCAUGUUCGACACUGAUCCGUUCGAUGGCUCGCAGUCGUCGAGCAGCGGAGCCCAGCUCCAGGCGUCGCCGUCUGAUCUCAUGCGCUCACAGCUCAGCUCGCUGGCUAUCAGCCUGUCGAACGCGCAGCGUGUUGCCUGCCCCGAGUAUGUUGCCGAGAAGCAGGCUGCCAAGGAGGCGGCUAUUGCCAAGGCGCUGCAGACGCUGGAGGAGGAGCACCGCAACGCUGCGUCGCGCAAGCUCGUGAUUGACCGGAGAAAGGAGAUGAUCGAGAACGCGCUGGCCCGCAAGGAGCGUGCUGAGGCGCGCGAGCGUGCAAUCCGCCAGCAGCGCGAGCAGGAGCUCGAGCGCCAGAGACUGGCCGAGGAGCAGAAGCGCCGCGAGGUGGAGCGCGCGCAGAAGGAGCGCGAGGCCAUCCAGCGCGAGGAGGCCAAGAAGCUGGCCGAGUCGAUCAAGCAGAAGGCCGGCCUGGACGUCAACAUCGACGAUCUGGAGCAGCUGGACACGACCAAGCUGCUGGAGAUGCAGGUCGAGCAGCUGGAGAAGGAGAAGCAGGACACGCAGACCAAGCUCAAGGUGCUGGGCCGGCGCAUGGACCACACCGAGCGCGCUUACCGCAAGGAGGAGCUGCCGCUGCUGGAGGAGGACUACGCCACGCAGAAGCUGGCCGACCGCAAGUACCACGACGCCGCCCGCAAGGCCCAGGUCACCCAGGCCCGCGAGAAGCACCAGCACGACAUGGAGCAGAAGGAGCGUCUGGCGCGCAUGACCAGCGACUUCAACACCAUCCGCAAGCAGCUCGACGAGGGCCGCUCCGAGGCUCUGGCUGCCGAGCGCAAGCGCAUUCGCGAUGCCCUGGCCACCGCCAAGGAGGAGCGCCUGGCCGAGUAUCGCCGCGUCAAGGCGGAGAAGGAGACUGCCGAGGCUGCCGAGCGUGCUGAGCGCGAGGCGCGCGAAGCCGAGGAGAUGGCUCGCCAGGACGCCGAGAAGGCCCGCAAGGCUGCCAAGGACGCCGAGCUGGCCAAGCUGCGCGAGGAGAUGGCUGCCCAGCGCGAGCGCGACGCCGAGCUGCUCAAGAAGCGUCUGGAGAAGGAGCGCGAGGUCGAGGAGCGUCUGGCCCGCGAGAAGCGCGAGCGCGAGCAGCGGCCCACGCCUGGCAAGUACGUUCCGCCCAGCCGCCGCACCGGUGCUGCCCCGCCGCCUGCCGCCGCCCCGCCAGCGUCGUCGUCUCCGGGCAAGUACGUCCCGCCCAGCCGCCGCACUGGUGCUGUCCCGCCUGCCUCCUCGGCCACACCGACACCCCCGCCCACGCGGCCUGCGGCGUCGGGCUCCUCGCCGGGCAGGUACAUCCCGCCCAGCCAGCGCCGCUAA